AACCCAAGAAACUGCAUGCUUGGGCAAAUGAAAAGAUUCAUGUUAACAAUAGGAAAGAGAAAGAUGAAGAGAGAUAAAAAGGACUGGGGGAAGAUUUCUAUCUUCAGUAACUAUGAAAAUUAUGAUAUCAUGAAAAUGGGUUGCCAGGGAAGAGCUUCAUUCUUUGACAUAUUUGAAAUGACUGCAAAUACAGAAACAACAAUGCCCUUACAGAUUUUAAUCAAGGAAAAACAUUUAAAUUCACAUUAUUAAGGGGCAUUCCAUUAUUUAUAGAAUUUAUAAUGACACUGGUAAUAGGAAAAUAAGAUAGAUCAAAAUUUUUUCUCAUUUGAAAAUCAUUCUCAUACUAACGGCUUUUAAUUUUCUCUUUUAAAGAUUAUUUAAGAAGUUGGGAAAUGAUAAAACAAAUUAAAACAUUAGAUUUAAGAAAAAUGAAUGGUCAUCAGAAUUUUAGAACGAUUAAAAGUAUAAUACUGAAAAAUUUGCCUUUGCUCCACCCUCUCUCCUUCCUGAUACAGCAAACACCCUCAGGCCCUGACCUAGCUUCAGAAAAGGAGCCAGUAAAGUUGGUUUGCUGAAAAGAAAUUAUCUAAUUAUGGAUUAGAAAAAGGCAACUGGGAUUAAAAUAUGACACAGAAAAGAAACACCCAAAAACUUUGUAUAUAAAGGCCCCAAAGCUGCCUCCAUCAGUGCACUUUUUACUUCCACUCCUCGUUUACAUUUAGGGCAAGAGAAAUAUUGACCAGAGCAACAUGUCUUGUCUCUCUAGGGUUUCUUCCCGAGCUGGAGGGAGUAGCUGUGCCAGAGCGUCUGGUGGUGGAAGUAGCUUCAGCAGUAGCAGUAGAUGUGGCUUGGGGGGUGGCUCUGCUCGGGGCUUCGGAGGCUCCAGCAGCUGUGGACUGGGUGGAGGCAGUGGGUUUGGAGGAGGGUUUGGAGGAGGCUUCGGAGGUGGGUUCAGUAGUAGCUCAGUAGUGGGAGGCUAUGGAAGUGGCUCAAGCUCCGGUGCUGGCUUUGGUGGUGGGUCUAGUGGAGGCUUUUACAGUUAUGGUGGUGGUGUUGGUGGGGGUGCUGGCGCAGGAGGUUUCGGUGGUGCUGGUGAUGGAGGCCUUCUCUCUGGAAGUGAGAAGCAAACCAUGCAGAAUCUCAAUGAUCGCCUGGCUAGCUAUCUGGACAAAGUUCGUGCUCUGGAGGAAGCCAACACUGACCUAGAGAUCAAGAUCAAGGAGUGGUAUGAUAAAUUUGGUCCUGGAGCUAAAGAUUCUGGAUCUGGGAAAGACUACAGCCACUUUUAUCCAGUCAUUGAAGAUCUGAAGAAUCAGAUCAUUGCUGUUACUAUUGAGAAUGCAGGGAUUGUCCUGCAGAUUGACAAUGCCCGACUGGCUGCUGAUGACUUCAGACUGAAAUAUGAAAAUGAAUUGUAUCUCAGACAAAGUGUUGAGGCUGAUACCAAUGGCCUACGCAAGGUCCUGGAUGAUCUGACUAUGGCCAGAUCUGAUCUGGAGAUGCAAAUUGAAAGCCUUACUGAAGAACUGGCUUAUCUCAAGAAGAAUCAUGAGGAGGAAAUGAAGAACAUGCAGGGAUCCUCUGGAGGUGAUGUGACAGUGGAAAUGAACGCUGCCCCAGGUACUGACCUAACUAAGUUGCUGAACGACAUGAGAGCACAGUAUGAAGACCUGGCUGAGCAAAACCGUAAAGAAGCUGAAGAGCAAUUCAAUAAACAGAGUGCCUCCCUGCAAGCCCAAAUCUCAACCGAUGCUGGGGCAGCCAGCUCAGCCAAGAAUGAAAUCACAGAACUGAAACGAACUCUUCAAGGCCUUGAAAUUGAGCUUCAAUCCCAAUUGGCUAUGAAAAGCUCUCUGGAAGGCACACUGGCCGACACCGAAGCGGACUACGUGGCCCAGCUCUCCCAGCUGCAGAUGCAAAUCAGCAGCCUGGAGCAACAAAUCUGCGAGAUCAGAGGAGAAAUGGAGUGUCAGAAUGCAGAAUACGAACAGCUGUUGAACGUCAAGACCCGCCUGGAGAUGGAGAUUGAGACUUACCGCCGCCUGCUUGACGGAGAGGGAGGUGAUUCCCGUUCUGGAGGAUCAAAUUCUUGGAAAUCAGGGAAUAGGGGCUCAUCAUCUGGUGGUGACUCAAGAUGUGGAAGUUCUUCAGGACAAGGAAAAGAUUCAAACAAAACCAGGGUAACCAAAACUAUUGUAGAGGAGGUCGUGAAUGGCAAAGUUGUCUCAUCUCAAGUCAGUAAUGUUUCCGAGGUCAAGGUCAAAUAAACAAGUUUUAGGGUCAACAGUGCCUUUCAGUGAAACAAACUGAAAGUCAUGAAUGAAGAAAUCUCUUUGGAUCAAUCCAGAAUCCUGAAGAGCCCAAGGAACUUGUUUUGGAUCCCCAGUGGAUGAAUGCUUCAUCAAAGUUUCUGCUUCUUUUUCCUUUCUUAUUAGAAUGAUCCUUGUCAAAAUAGAAAUGACAAGUUAAAUCAAAUUGCUUCUGUGCUUCAAUAAACUUACUUUUUUUGCAAGUUCA